AUGUACACCUCCACCAUCCUCGCCACCCUCCUCGCGGCCGCGACCGCCCACGCGGCCAUCCUGGACCUGCGCGCCGCCGCCGACUUUGGCAAAUGCAACCCGUCCAUGGACUUCCAGCUGGGCCGCCCCGGCCGCAAGCCCGACGAGGGCACCUUCUUGCCGACGGACCCGCUGGUCGCCAAGGGCCAGCAGGACGCGCUCAACCCCAACAUCAUCACCAACGCCAUCUGCAACCAGCUGACCAACGUGUGCGCCGCGAACCAGGCGGCCAAGGACGUGUGCACGCAGGCCAAGGCGGUCGUGUCGGGCCUGGGCACCAAGGACGCAAGCACAGCGGCGGCCUUCAACAAGGCGCUGGGCUUGUAA